CAGAAUUUAUUAUGAUUCAAUCACUUUAAUAUUUAUUGCCCUCAUCGCAAUUGUCAAUUCACACCAUAAAAUCAGUUUCCACCAAACCGGGUAUAAAAGGGAAACUUGCUCAUUUCUCGCCUCAAACCGGUGAGAUGAUGAUGACAAUGAAGAUUUUCUGUGUGUUGGCCUUUGUCGCUACCAGUGCAUUCGCUUGGAAAGAACCUGCACAAGCCAAUGGGGGCUGGAAAGAGCCAAGUCGGCCAGCUAUUGGCCGCUACUCCAGUGUGGACUGUUCCAUUCCGGCCAAUCAGGUGAUUCUGCAUCCCCACCCCACCAGUUGCACCAAGUAUUUGCAGUGCAACCAUGGCAGCCCCCUUGAGCGCCCCUGUGCCCCCGGCACUGAGUUCAGCCCCUCUAUUGGAGUGUGUGUCCAUCCAUGGCAAUCUGACUGCACCGCUGGACAAGAAGUAGAAGAAGAGGAUGUGGUCGAAGUGCCCGAAGACUCUGUGGAAGAUGUGACCGAGGCCGAUGACGUGGAAGAUGCCACUGAGUUGCCGGAAGCCCUCGAGGCUCCACUUCUGAAGCCCAUCGGAGGUCGAGAAAGACGCGCCUUCAGCCUCUGCGCCCAAAAUCCGUCCAGGGUGUUCAUAGCGGCUGAUCCUACCGACUGCGCCAGCUAUGUGAUUUGCGCCGUUGGCUUUCCGGUGCUAAAGUCCUGCGCUAGAGGGCAGCACUUUGAAGGCGCCAGCCUUCAAUGCGAAGCAGGCGCAUGCCAAUCUUAAGCAUUUGAGCCGAACAUUCACGGAUACGAUUAAAGUGUAACUGCUUAAAUAAAUUGAAAAAAAUGCUA